AUGGAGAAGGUGCCCGAUACUGUCCGGGACGGGGAUGCAGGAUCCGGCCUGCUAGCAAUGAGUGCGUUAAGCUGGGUGGUGAUGCGGAUGGAUCUCCUGACCGGCGCCCUCCGCCGCAGUGUGACUAGCAUUGAGAAGGUCAACAUUUCGGCAUUGAAGGGGCUGCUGAAUGGGAUGGUUGGCUACCUCAAGGAACACGUCGAUGUUAAACGGGGUUUAGCGGUGGCGACGUCGUCGGGUUUAGUUGCUCCCGACGCAUGUGACGACGACGGCGAGUACACCCAUAUGGCAUCCCAAGCAGGAGGUGUCGCCCCCACCAUCGCUGAGCGUAGAGGCAGUGUCGGCGAGGCUGAUGCAGAGGCAGGAAGGGGGGUGAAGGGGACCGAGGAGAAGCACAACGAAGAGGAGGACCAUGAGGAUGGUGAUGAGGACCAGGAGGAACAUGAGGAGGUGAAGGAGAAGGAGGAGGAUGAUGAUGAGGAGGAGGAGGAGGAGGAGGAGGAGGAGGAGGAGGAGGAGGAGGAGGAGGAGGAGGAGGAGGAGGAGGAGGAGGAGGAAGAAGAUGUGGAGUUGGAGGUCGAGUACGUGGAGGAUGGAGCGGAGGAAAAGGGAGGGAGGUCGGCAGAUGAUGAGAAAGAGGGUGAGGGGAAUGGUAGGAUGUCGGCGAAUGAGAUAGAGGAGGUCAGUGUGGGGGCAUCGACGGAUGAGGCAGCUCACGGGGGGAGUGGGAAGGUCGUGGUCGGCGAUGUGGUUGGCGACGCGACAGAAGUUGUCGACCUCGAGGCCGUCAGAGAAGGGGAUAACGCCGCGGCCACGAAGGGACGGGUUGAGAGCUUGGCGUCGGGCGGAGGCGGCGGGGGAGACGGAGACGAUUCGGCGAGCAUGAAGCAGAGUAAGGGAUCUGGAGAGGGCCGCGUCGCCGUCGCGGAGGGUCAUGGUGGUUCAGGGAAGCAAUCUACGAGCGUUGUCGACAUCCUGAAGAAGCACUGGGCUACUAUUGGAUCGCAAAGCAAGGGCGAUGGAGGGGGGAGUGCAGAUGGGUGUCCUGCCGACGAGAAUGCCGAACACGACGCUGUGCCAAGUGCACUGCCUCUGGUCGCCGAGAAGCCACCUCAUCAGGCGAGCGGUGGGAAAGGUGUGAGCGACGGAAAGGGAAAGGGAAAGGAGAUCCCAGCCACGAAAACGGCGACAGGUGGUGUCGCGAGAACCAGCCAGGGGCCGAAUGCCGAGGUAGCAGCGGCGUCACCGAUUCACCAACCUCCCGCCGGUGGCCGCUCUCCGACUGGCCCUUCUGCCGCCAAAGGCGACGUGCCGCCCCCUGCUGCCGUCCCGUCUGCCGCCAAGAACGCAGUGAAUGCUUCAGCGGCUCGCUGCGCAGGGAAAGGGGCGGCUGCCGAGAACGCGCUCAAGGCCCAGCUCCAGCUCCUUGCCAGCCGCAAGGCUGUGCAAUAG